GUGAGCAUUGUGUGUUUUGCAUAGUUUGGAGCUCGCAGAGAGCUGUGUUGUCCCCCAAAUACCCUAGCGGCGGCGGCGGCGGCGGCGAUGGAUGAGCUGGGUGGAGGCGGCGGGAAGAGGAGCAAGGCGUGGCCUUGGUGGCUUGGAGCGAGCGCAGCGCAGAUCACCGGCGCGCUGGUUUGGUUCCGGCGAGGCAAGGGCGGCAGCGACAUGACGAUGCCGUUCAGGGCGUUCGCCGUCGCUUCUCUCUUCGUCGGCGCCGGCGCCACGGCCGUCACCGCCGGAGUGUCCGCGGCGGGCGUCGGAUCGGUGGAGGAGAUGAAGGGCUUGGGCGCGAGGAUCCGGAAGUGGAGCAGAGUUCCUCCUCGCCGCCGGGUGGAGGGAGGCGAGUAGCAGCAGUUCCAUUGAUUUGAUCCAGGAAACUGCUGGUGCGGCUAAGAGCUUUCCAUGCGAUCUUGAUUGCUUCGCGUAAUCACAUCUGGGAGAUGCAAUGCAAUAAUCACAUCUGUACUGCUCUGUAACUUUGUAAUGGAAACUUUUGUUACUCGGAA